AUGGAGAGCUCACGACCAGAAGACACGCCCCGCACAUAUCACCCCGCCUUCGCCAGCCCGGAAGCUAACGUCGUGCUCCGCUCAGCCGAAGGCACUCUGUACAGAGUCCCGUCCUUUGUGUUGGUUAAUACCACCGAGUUUUUUCGCAAUGGCAUAUCACCACAUGCGACUGGCACAGCAGGGAAUGAUGUGCUGAUCCCGGUCAACGAAAAGGAUGCAAUAUUAGAGCGUCUACUUCGCAUGCUGUGCGGGUUGUCGACAUCCCGGUGGCAGGGGUAUGAUGAAGUAGAGGGAGUGCUAAAGCUGGCCGAAGAAUGGAAUACGCCAGGCCCACUAGCUGCCAUCCGGGCUGCCAUCACCACGCCCCUGUUCCUUGCCAGUCCACUUCGUUUGUUCGCUGUCGCCACACAUUUCGGAUGGGAAGAGGAAGCCAAGCUGGCCUCGAGGUAUACUUUAGCGCUGUCUCUGUAUGACGAAGAACAUCAGGAGCUUCUGGAACGACUUCCCUCCAAGGACGUUUUAGCCCUUCUUGGACUUCAUCGCAAACGAAGAGACGAGUUCAAGCGCCUCCUCGACACUGAGACGGUGUUUGACGCGGGAAACUCUGAUCCGCGUUUCUGCCGCGAGUGCGGUGAAAGACUUGAUAACCACACUUGGCGAGAGCUCAAAAUCCGCAUGUUCAUGGAGAUGGACCGCAGGCCCCUGGGUGAUAUAGUGGGGGGUCUCGACAUGGAGGAAUGGCCAGAAGCUCAGGCUUGCUGGAAUGCAAAGUGCGGGAAAGAGACCUGCGGAAAACCAAAUUACGACAGGUUGGUGAUGUUACAAGGAAUCCAGGGUUGUAUCGCGAAGUUAUCAGAUUCGUUAUGA